UUUAACGUGAUGACGUCGUGUUGUAGGCUCAGCUAUGAUGGCAGCCGUGGGUUGACAUCGAUACAUUACUGAAUAUAAACUAUUUAAAAGUUAGCGGAAAACCCCUGACAUAAUAACUUAGAACAAAUUAACAGUUUUCUGAUAGCACACACUUAAACACACCCGCCCGGUUUGGGGAACGGUCAGCAUGUUGGGGUAGGUCUAUGAACCAACUGUCUUUCCUUGCAUCCUUCUCUUUACAUGAAGAGGCACUAUGCCCGCAGCUACUGUGGAUCACAGCCAAAAAAUAUGUGAGGUUUGGGCCAACAACCUGGAGGAGGAGCUGAAGAGGAUCCGACAUGUCAUCCGAAAAUACAACUACAUUGCUAUGGUGAGGGGUGCUCAUCACAGAGGGCAAAAAGCUGUCAGACACAGCCAGAUUUCCAUUCUGCAUAAUGACUUGUCUGUCUUCUUACAGGACACAGAGUUUCCAGGUGUAGUAGCCAGACCAAUUGGAGAGUUCAGAAGCAACGCUGACUAUCAGUACCAGUUACUGCGCUGCAAUGUGGAUUUGCUCAAGAUAAUCCAGCUGGGCCUUACGUUUAUGAAUGAACAAGGGGAAUACCCUCUGGGAACAUCAACAUGGCAGUUCAAUUUUAAGUUUAACCUCACAGAAGACAUGUACGCACAGGACUCCAUUGAGCUCUUGACCACUUCAGGGAUUCAGUUCAAGAAGCACGAGGACGAAGGCAUCGAGACACUGUACUUUGCAGAGCUGCUGAUGACGUCGGGAGUGGUGCUCUGCGAUGGCGUCAAGUGGCUGUCUUUUCACAGUGGCUAUGACUUUGGAUACCUGGUCAAGAUUCUGUCCAACGCUAACCUGCCUGAGGAGGAGGUGGACUUCUUUGAGAUUCUUCGCUUGUACUUUCCAGUCAUUUACGAUGUCAAGUACCUCAUGAAGAGUUGUAAAAACCUGAAGGGCGGGCUGCAGGAAGUCGCUGAGCAACUGGAGCUGGAGAGGAUCGGACCGCAGCAUCAGGCCGGCUCGGACUCUUUACUCACAGGCAUGGCUUUCUUCAAGAUGAGAGAGAUGUUCUUUGAGGAUCAUAUUGAUGAUGCAAAGUACUGUGGUCACCUGUACGGGCUCGGCUCCGGCUCUGCCUACGUCCAGAACGGAACAGGGAACGCUUACGAAGAAGAGGCGAACAAGCAGCAGUCGUGACAUCCCUCUGAAAGCUCGCCCACAUGCACAAUCAGUGCGGCGCUGAAGCCGAGCUUUCGCCAAACGGAUGAUGUUGAUAACGGAAGAACACAAAAACAUACGCACAUCAUUUAGCAAGCUGCUUUUCAUAGGCUCUGCUCACUUUAGACAACUGAAUAAGAUGGUCAAAAAGAAAUAAUAAUCACAGCUGUCCUCACACAUGCCCAUGCUGGCUGCUCGUGUGUGUGUGUGUGCGUGUGAGUGUGCGUGCGUGCGUGGUCGGUCUUUUAGCACUACAAAGCAGUGUAGACGUUUUGGUUUGGAUCAGUUGAAUUUAACAUGCUUGAAAAGAUGGGAUUUUAGUUUUCCUAAAAUGUUCUGUAGACAUGUUUUGCACUUUAAAGCUCUAACCUGAUUUUAUAUGGAAAGCUGAAGAAGAAAAAAAAAAAAGGUUUCCGGUGUCUUCUCUCCUCUUUGUUGCCUUCUCUACGUUCCUUUUACAUUGUGAUUAUAUAAACCUUUACUAUCACAACAACUGCUCUCACCACGCUCAGCCUUAAUACUAGCUGCAUUCUUAUAUCUUUUAUUUCAACUUUUAUUUCUUGUGCUGGUUCUCUGAUGUUGAGCUCCAGUCAACACUCAAAGACACCACAUGUCAGUAUGCUCGUCCUCUGUCAUUGGAUCUCCUGUAUGAUAAUGAGAAAGGGAGCCGUCAGUCAGUGUGUUUACAUGCACAUGACUGUUUCAUUGAAGUUUUUUUUAUUUAUUUAUUUAUAUAUAUAUAUAUAUAUAUAUAUAUAUAUAUAUAUAUAUAUAUAUAUACACACACACACACACACACAGUUAAUGUUUAUAAUGACCUGAAUAAGAUCUAAUAAUCCCACUUUAAAACAAACUGGUGUAUUCUGCUUGUUCAGUAUGAAGAUGGUAUAUGAGGUGAACACAUUUUACUCCUUACUAUUAGUUUUCCUGUCUGGAUUCGUGAUAAUGAUUUACAGUAUGCACUAGAUGCAUACAAAUGCUUUUUGUUGGAGGAAUAUGGAUUCUUUGUGCAUGUAAACACGCUCAUCGACAUUAGCACAUAAGAACUCCGAUGCAUUACCUCUCCACAUGGUCUUGCAAUUAUUUCAACCAAAUUCACCAGACCUUAAAAAAAAAAAAAAGUAUAAAAACACUCGCCUGCUGUAAGACAUGCUGAGGUUACCCUGAACUAUGUUAAGUGUAACAUUUUUGUAGAGUUUUAGUGUUGUAAUAGACAAAACUUUUACUCAAUGGAAAAACGUUGACUUUUAACGUGCACCUUUUUGUUCCCUGUGGAGUUUAUUCCACUUGUAGUUCUGGCCCUUUUGAAUGACGUUUUUAUUUGUAUUGCUUUCUAGUUCAUUCAUGCUGCGUAGAAGAGCCGCAUGUACUAAAAUGUUUGAAUAAAUGCUGUGUUCUAGUUGUAUCCUGAACUUCCAUAGGUGUGUGUUGAAGUGUAGGUUCAAGACUUAAUAACCUUCCUGAGUGUCAAAGACUGAUAACUGAAACACUUCUUUCUUUCUGCAGCACAUCUUUCACUGUAACGGAGUAAAAGAAGAAUAUGCAAUAUACAAGAGGAUUGUUUUUAGAUCAUUUUGUAAAUAAAGGCUUGAAACUUUUCUACCA